AUGGACAACAUUCCAGCUUCUUCAUCCGGAGGUGACAGAAAAGUCAUCGAGAGGAACCGAAGAAGCCAAAUGAGGGCUCUUUGCUCCCAGCUCAGCUCUCUCGUCCCUCGUCAAUCCUCUGCGGAGGUGAUUUCGUUGUCAGAUCAGCUGGGUGAAGCCACGACCUACAUAAAGAAGCUUCAGAUAAAGUUGGAGAAGAUGCAAGAGAGGAAGCUCAGCCUAAUGGGAAUCAACAACGAGCCAAAUUUUAGUGGGAACCUAAGUAAUAACGAUGGAGGAAUGAUUAUGGGUUCGAAAUCGCCCAAAGUUGAGAUUCACCAAAUGGGAUCAGCAUUAGAGGUUUGUGUGAUUACUGGCUUGGAUUGCCAGUUCAUUUUCAACGAGUUCGUUCGCAUUCUUCACGAAGAACAAGCCGAUGUGGUCAAUGCGAGUUAUUCAGUAGUUCAAGAUACUGUUUUUCAUACCAUACACUGUCAGAUUGGAGAAUGUGGUAAUAGAGCUGAAAGGAUAUCAGAGAGAUUAAAGAGGUUUGCGUAUGGUUCUGGCGCAUUUUGA